CCCACAGCUCCGGGUGUGAAAUGGGUGAAAUGCAGAGCACAAAUUUCGAGUAUGGGACACACGUCACUUUACAAACAUUUGAAUGGGGCAGCAUACAGACCCACUGCGAUUAGAGGAGGCCUGAAACAAGGAUAUGGAACACUCGGUUAUGGAGGAGCCGCAAACCUUGGAACUGGACUCGGAACCGGCCUCGGAACUGGCCUUGGGGGUGCUGGGCUGGGACUCGGAACAGGGUAUGGCCUAGGCAAUGGGCUGGGAGCAGCCUUGGGAUAUCCAACAGGGAAGCUUGGAGGAAGAGGUUAUACCAGUAAUGGCUAUGGAGCACAGAUUGGUUAUGGUGCAGGAGGAUACCCCGGCGCUGGACGCGGGUACGGCCUUGGUGCUGCUGGCUAUCUUGGAGCUGGUUAUUCUGACGGUUAUGGAGCAGGUCUUGGGGUAGGUGGAUAUCCACAGGGAUUUCGACCGGGAAAGCAAAUUGCAGGCUACAACAAUGGAUAUGGCAGUGAGGUUUAUGGCACAGCAGACGGUUACGGGACAGGACCUGUCUACCCAUCAGUGUUAUCUGAUAAUGUUGGCCUGAACGGUGUAGCUGGUACUGGAGCUGGAGGUCCAGGGCUGUUAAUGAACCCCAGCAUGGGUGCUGAUGCCAAGUCUAGAAAAUACGGGGCUGGUGGAGUUCUUGGAGCUGCCGGAUCCUUGCCUUACGGAGGCCAGCCUGUGGUCUCAGCUGGACUUGGCCCUCAAGGCAAGAAUGGUGGAUAUGGUGGAGCUACAUAUGGAGGAAUACCAACCCUUGGGCCAGACGCUGGUUUGGGUGGUACAGGUGGAGCAAUGGAGCCUUUAGCAGGUGGAGCUGUAGGCCAGAUUCCUUACAGCGCACCAGUCAUUUCAGCUGGGAUUGAUGGUGAUGCUGGUUAUCCUUUUGGUGCUGAGCAGCUCAGUCUGGGCGCUGAUGGUUCAAAGACGGCUGCCAAAUAUGGCACAGGCUAUGCAGCAGCGCUAAGUACUGGUGGUCAAGGUUCUUAUGGUGGACAGAAGGAUGGAAGCAAGCUUAGUGGCAUUUAUGGGAAUGGGUACAAAGGUUGAUUUCCAGGGCCAUGCUGUUAACCUCGUCAGUGUUUUUUGGCCCCCUUUCCCCUAGUGUUCCUCGCAGUUUUGUGACGUGUUUUGGUCUGCCAUAUUGUUUUAGCCUUACUUUUGUGCCCAUUUGUGUGGGCAUGUGUGUUUUGUGUGUAUGUGUGGUUUUGAUGUCUAUUGUAAUGUGCCUUGAUGUUUGUGGAUGUUCCCCCAGUCUGUUUAUUUGUCUUGUCCAGUGGAGUGUUUCAUGUCCUUUUGUGUCUCUGUAUCUAACUAAAACAUGCUAAGCACUUCAUUGGCUGUUACUUUAAUUCUUAUGAAACACUAAAUAUUCCACCUUCUAAUCUGA